AUGCUGUCGUCCCCACACAAGCGUCGCGACUCUCGAAGGACCAAGCGCGCUCUCUCGCAGCUCUACUACUAUCUCAAGCACGGUUCUUUCUCGAAGACAACAAAGGUCGCGUUGCCGCUGUGUAUGGAGAAGCAAAUUGUCAACCUGAACAACACCAUCAGACGUGUUUGUGCAGCAGCAUCGCCGGACGUUGCAGCGCACAACGCAUCAAGUGCUGAACGAACGGAGAGCGAGGAUGACGUGAGCGCGUCUCGAAAGUGA